AUGGCGGAUAAUCGUAUUCUGUCUUGUUCCGGUUAUUGGACAGAUCCCUUUGAGUUUAAUGUCUUCAAUUACAUACAAACACCAAAUGUACAAAAUAAUUUCAAUUGGAAUGGUCAAAGUCCAAAUUUAAGAAAUCGGGAGACAAUAAAUUAUCCAAAAUUACAAUACACGACUAAUCAAAAUCCAUUAAUACAAAAUCAAUUAACCAUUUCGAAUAAUGUGCAACAACAAAAUAUAUUUAAUUCAAAUCAAAGAAAUCGAGGUACUGUAAAUUAUCAAACCUUACAAUAUAGUGUCAAUCAAAAUCCAUUAACACAAAAUCAAUUCACUGUUUCGAAUAAUGUGCAAAAACAAAAUUUAUUAAAUAGUGGAACCAUAGGGGACCAAUACCGCAUAAAACAAUACAACACAAAUAGAAGACAAAAUCCUAAACCAGCAUUACAAGGUGUUACAAUUGUGCAAGGUCAUGUUAUAGAAAUUGGUAGACCAUCGUCAGGAAAUUUAGCUACAAACCAACAAUACUCCACUAUAAAACCACCAAGGCGUAACAUUCAGGAAAGAGCAUUAAAUUCUCAAUUGUCUGCAAAUAUUGUUACUAACCAACAGUAUUCCAACAUUCCGAUACCGAAGCGUAACACCCAGGGAAGAUCUCUUACAGGUACAUCAACGUCUACAAAUUUUCUUACAAUCCAACAACAAGUCACAACACAGCGUAAUCCAAAAGUUACAGCUUUCUAUACACCGUCAUCAGUAAAUUUUGCCACAACACAACAAUACUCGAAUAUUCCGUUACGUAAUCGAAACAUCCAGGAAAGAUCAGUUGGAACAUCGUCGUCUGCUAAAAAUCAACAGUUUUCUUCUAUACAGAUAUCUAAUCGUAAAACCCCAGAAAGAGCAACUCGUACACCACCUUCUGCAAAUUUUGCAACAAACCAACAGUUUUCCACCACACAGUUACCGAAUCGUCACUCCCAAGGCAGAGCAAUUACUGCUCCAACGUUUGCAAAUGUUAUUACAACACAGCAAUAUUUCAACAUUCCAGAACCGAAUCGUAAAACCCAAGGAAGAGCUAUUGGAAUACCGUCGUCAGCAAAUUUUGUUCAAAACCAACAGUUUUCCAACACACAGUUACUAAAUCGUAACGGUGGACAAGCAACGGCAAAUUUAAAUACACCACAAGAGUAUUCUAGCAGUCAGCAGCUACCGAAGCGUAACAUUGUAAAUCAUGACUCUGCCAUGUUUGAAAGUAGAUUUGGUGCAGAUGACAAUUUCAGCAGUAAUCAAAGUACUCAUCCAGAUGUCUAUCAAUAUCAAUAUUCCAAAGGAUGGUCGGUACAUGAAGCCUUAAGUGUGAAUGAUCUUGUUAAACCACAUUUGCAAUAUCAAAAAAAUUUAAAAUACUCCACACCAUAUACACCGGAAGCUCAAUACUAUCAAAAAUUCUAUAAUAUUUAUAAUGAUGUUGAAAAUCAUGGUAGACAAGAUUUGAUUCAAUACGAAAAGGAAUCUGUUAAUGAUGAUUUUAAUGGUCGUUCGAUUGUAGCGCCCGGUCAAUACCCUCAUAUGGCUGCUAUAGGAUUUUUAUCGAAUGAAGACAAAAUUGAAUUCAAAUGUGGCGGCAGCUUGAUAAGUGAUUUAUUCGUGAUAACAGCAGCUCACUGUUGCUAUUUAAGUGGGGAAACUCCUAUUAUAGUUAAGUUGGGUAUUAUAAAUCUAAAAGAUCAAACCGGCAAUAGUAAUCCUCAAAGACGUGCCAUAAAAGAAAUUAUAGUACAUCCAAGUUAUAAUUCCAACACCACUUAUCAUGAUAUAGCUUUACUUCAACUACAAAAACCAGUGGAAUUCACAAAGUUUGUACGCCCUAUUCUCCUGUGGACCAGUGAUCAUAUACCUUAUGAACGUGUAUUUACCAUGGGCUAUGGUUCUACCAGUUUUGCCAAAGCUCCCACUAACAUACUAACGGAAUUAAGUCUUUCGUUAAUACCCUGGCAGAAGUGCAAACAAUCCUUGCCGCCCAAUGAAAAGACACCGCAUGGCAUAACAGAGACUCAACUUUGCGGUCGCGAUUUAGAAAAGAAUCGUGAUACAUGUCAGGGUGAUUCGGGUGGACCACUACAGUUAAAUUUAGAACAUCGUAAGCAUCGCAAUACAUAUCGUUAUUAUCUUGUAGGUAUUAUAUCGUAUGGAGACUUUUGUGGCAGCAAAAAGCCGGGUGUCUAUACACGUGUAUCAUCGUAUUGCAAGUGGAUUGCUUCAGUAGUUUGGCCCGAAUAUUUUGAAAGUUUUAAAAAAUAAUU